GCGCCGGCGGGCGGCGGGGGCGGCCCCGGCCCGGGAAGACGCUGGCUCGGUAGCCCUGGGGCUGGCGGGGCUCCCGGCGACGCCUCUCUGCCAGCAGCGGGGGGGUCCGGCCGCCUCGGCCCCCGGCAUCGCUCCUGGCACACGGCCCCGGCAGCAAAGCCGUUGGCGGCGGCCGCAGGCGGCCGGACCCCGGCCAGCGGCCGCGGGGAGGAGGGGGGGGAGUGCCCGCUGCCGCGGGGCGAGAGCCGCCGCCACCGCAGGCAUCUGGAAGGUUCCGGCUCGUCCGUCCCCCCCCGCCGCCCCGACCCCUCUCCCCGCCGCCCUCCCGCCCUAUAAAUGCGGGCGGCGGCGGCGGGCGGCGGAGCGGAGCCAUGGCGGGGCCCUGGCUGCUGCUCUGGGGGGCGCUGGCCCUGGGCAGCCGCGCCGAGACAGCCUUUCUGCGGCGCGGCGAUGACAGCACCGGGCGUUGCACCUACUCCUUCACGGUAGCCAGCCCCGUGGAGGCCGGUUGCCCCGAUGGCGGCGGCGUGCCGGAGCUGCGGGCCGAGCUGGCCGCGCUGGCCGCCCGCCUGAGCCGGCUGGAGAGCCGGGAGCGGGGCGCGGGGGGCUCGGGGCCGCGGGGAGCCGAGGCGGGGGGGGUGCGGGACCCCCAGCACCCAGCCCCGGCCGCUCGCCUGGAAGCCGCCUACGGUGAGCUGCUGCGGGCCAAGUCCCGGCUGGAGGAGGAGAAGGGGCGGCUGGAGCGGGAGAAAGAGGAGCUGGGGAGGCGGCUGGAGAGCAGCGCCCAGGAGAUCGCCCGGCUGCGGGCCACCCGCUGCCCCCCCGGCGGAGAGGGGCCUGGCCGCGAUGCCCUGCGCGCCCCCGGCAAAGCCCCCCGCUGGGACCCGCAGCCCCUCGCCUACCAGGAGCUGCAGUCGGAGAGGACGGAGGUUCCCGCAUCCCAGCUGCUGGAGGAGACCGCGCUCGGCCGCUCGGGGAGUGAGGACUCGGGCUGUGGCGAGCUGGUGUGGGUGGGGGAGCCCGUCGUCUUCGGCCGGGCGGACUCCAUUGCCGGCAAGUACGGCGUGUGGAUGAAGGACCCCGAGCCUGUGCCCCCCUUCACGCGGGAGACCACCUGGCGCGUGGACACAGUGGGCACGGAGGUCCGACAGCUCUUCCAGUACGAGGCGCCCGAGCAGCUGGCCCGGGGCUACCCCGCCAAGGUGCACAUCCUGCCGCGGCCCCUGGAGAGCACGGGGGCUGUCAUCUACCGCGGCGGGCUCUUCUUCCAGCCCCGCCGCUCCCGCGCCGUGGCCCGCUACGACCUGCGGGGAGAGACCGUCACGGCCGAGAGGGAGAUCCCCGGCGCCGGCUUCCAUGGGCAGUACCCCUACUCCUGGGGGGGCUACACUGAUAUCGACCUGGCUGUGGACGAGACGGGGCUCUGGGUGAUCUACAGCACCGAGAAGGCCAGGGGGGCGAUUGUCCUCUCCAAGCUGGACCCUGAGACGCUGGAGAUCCAGCGGACCUGGGAGACCAACAUCCGCAAGCGGGGGGUGGCCAACUCCUUUGUCAUCUGCGGCACCCUCUACACCGUCAGCAGUUACUCGGCGCCCAAUGCCACCGUCAACUUCGCCUACGACACGGCCACCAGCACCAGCCGGGCCCUCAGCAUCCCCUUUGAGAACCGCUUCCGCUACCUCAGCAUGGUGGACUACAACCCCGCCGAGCGGCAGCUCUUCGCCUGGGACAGCUUCAACAUGGUCACCUACCCCGUCCGCCUCUCCCGGGCCUGAGCCGGGGCCAUGCCAUGGCUCAGCCCCCACGACCCCCGUGCGCGUCGGCCCCCCGCUUCGCUUCCCAGCUCCCCCCGGCACAGCCGGGAGCGCUGGCUCGGGCAGCCCCAGGCGAUGGUGGGGGCCACAUGCUGCCCAGCCGCGCCGUGGUGGGGCCCCCCAAUGUUGGCACCUCUGGCAACAUCCUGUCAUGCUCGAUGCAGCCGAGGGAAAUUAAGUGCUUUUUCUAGAGCCUGGCUGAGACGGUGAAAGGCCUUUCUCUGGCCUCGGCAGGUUUUGGGCGGGCCGCAGCGGUACCCAGCCCUGAGCUGCUCCAGCACCCUCCGGGAGCACCUGCAGCACAUCCCAGCCUGGCCACCCCCAGUUCGGAGCAGGGAGGGCUCGGGCGCAGCAAAGGCCGGGUGGCAGAGAUGGGGAGAGGCUGCCCUGGAGCUCCCACCUAAAAAAAAAUAAACUUUUUCCCUGACUGCAAGCAGCGAUCCCCUCCGUGAGGCUGGGGUUUGUGUUUCCAGGCUCUGGCUGAGCAUGAGCGCUGCUGCUGCCCCCCAGACUCCCCCCGGCAGCAGCAGUUUUGGGGAGACCUGCCCAUCUUGGGCCAGCCUUGCGGAGAAGAGCAGCGUUCACCCACCACCAGAGCCCACAAGCCCCGCUGCAUCCCAUGCUGCUGGUGCCUGGGGGCAUCCCGGAGCUCAGCUGCCUCCAAAAAUCAUCCGGCAGGAUCAAAAGCAGCGGGGAAUAUGGAUACUUGUUGCCCCAGCCUUGUUUUAUUGGGGGAAAAAAAAAAAAAAAGAAGCCAAGAGGGCAGUUGUGAGGUGUGCUGGCACAGCAUCCCACAGGGAGCGGCCCCUCGAUGCCCCCAGCCCCUCUCGGCUUUACAGCCGUGCCCGGCCACCAACUCGGUGGCAGCUAUGGUCCCCCCUGGCCUGCAGCGCUCCCCGUGCCAGGCCAAAACCUGCCGUUUUAACUAUUUAUUGUAAAAAGGCUGUAGGAGGCUUUUCCCCUCCCUCCCCUGGUGUCGGGGGCAGAUGGGGGAGCAGCAGCGGCCGCAUCCCCCGGGGGAUGCGCAGGAUCCCAGCCCAAUAAACGUUGCCCACCGCCG